AUCAUGGAAAAGACCGACGACUCGCGCAUCAACUUGAGCCUUCACGACACCAACCACGCCUUCACCAACUUGAGCCCUCACGACACCAACCACGCCCGCUGCCUUCACAGGCACAGCCGCACCCGCACAGCACAACAUCCUAUUUAAAUCCCUUGUUGCCGCUCGUUUCAGCCAGCAACACAAGUAACAGCAGCCCGAUCUUGCAUCAGCUAGCUAACUAAGCAAGUAAGCUAAGCUAGCCCUAGGCAACGAGCCGAGCCGUCAAGCUCAUCGCAGACCACGAGCCAUGGCCUCCACCAACAGCUGGACUGUUGAGAUCGCCUCGCCUGUCGCCGCGCCGCGCCUCUUCCGCGCCGCCGUGAUGGACUGGCACACCCUGGCCCCCAAGGUCACCUCCCACGUCGUCGCCAGCGCCCACCCCGUGGAGGGCGAGGGCGGCGUCGGCAGCGUCAGGCAGUUCAACUUCACCUCAGCCAUGCCGUUCGGCUUCGUGAAGGAGAGGCUCGAGUUCCUGGACGUGGACAAGUGCGAGUGCAAGUCCACGCUCGUCGAGGGCGGCGGCAUCGGCGUGGCCAUCGAGACCGCGGCGUCGCACGUCAAGGUGGAGUCCGCGGCGGGCGGCGGCUGCGUGGUGAAGGUGGACUCGACGUACAAGCUGUUGCCCGGCGUGGAGGUGCAGGACGAGAUCACUAAAGCCAAGGAGUCGGUCACCAACAUCUUCAAGGCUGCCGAGGCCUACCUCGUCGCCAACCCGGAAGCCUACAACUAGACCAUGCAUGCGAUCGGUCGAUCGGGAACGGAUUUCUUCCUUGCCUUUUGUGUUUUCUACGGCUAAAAUAAAACUUGUCUAAGGUGUGUACGAACGUCGGAGAGCGCCGAGCAGAGUAUGCAUGCAAUUGACAAGUCCCAAAUGUGUGUGGGUGUGUUUUGUAAGCUGGAUUUAUUGUGAGUUGAUACUACCAUGCUUAUGCUUAAAUAAGUACCGUUGUGAUACA